GAUACCUCCAGCGCGCAACGUCUGACCUUUUUCCCGCUUUUGAAAGCCAGACGGUCCAUGUGUGCUCGAGAGAGCACACCGCUUAUCCUCUUCUCCUCCGCGUUCUUGCUCUGCUCGUUGGGAGAAGAGCUCGGCGCGGGGGCAGAAUCCGGAUCUUGGAGUCCGGUUUAGGGUUUUUUUUUCCCCUACUCCUCUUCUUCGAUUCGUCCUCGUUUUUGCGGACUGGGGCUUCUUGCUGCUAUCUGGGAGCUCGAGUUGGUUCGCAGAUGGCGAUGGGAGCUGUGAUAUCGGGCAGAAACUUCGGAUCCCCUCUCAUAUCAGGAAAAUAUUAUCAAGCAGAGUGGACUGCUGCACGUGACAGAAAGGUGCAUGCAACAUUUCCUGGAGAGCACUUUGCAUUGGGUGCAAAUUUUAGCUUUUCUGCUCAAAGGGGAAGUUCUAGUGUUGUUCGGUGUGCCUUCUUCACAACUUAUUUUAACAGUGGUUUAGAUAAGAUUACCAUGGCUAAGAGAAUUGCAUUUCUUGGGGGGAUGGAACAUCCUCUUUCAAUUUCUCUGGGGAACUUUUCUGCGGGAAGGUUGGGUAUCAUUAAUCUCAAGCGAAGAACUCCUACAAGAACGGAAUGCUUUCUUUCUUCAGACCUGCUAAAUAAUGGUUGGUUGCAGCCAAGAAAGUUGGAUAAUGUUGGUAUAUCAGAUAGUCCUUGUGACAAUUCAGAGUACCGUUCAGCAAUAAGACCCCAUGCUGACUUCAGGUCGGAGCAGUAUGAAAUGACAGGACCACAAAUGGAUUCACUGAACUCUUCAGAAGUGCCCAGUGAAGCAGUUUUAUUUGGAGGAGAUGUGAGGAAAGUGUCUCAUUGGUGGGAGCAGUUUCCUAAGCGCUGGUUGAUUGUGCUGUUGUGCUUUUUUUCAUUUCUUCUCUGCAACAUGGAUCGAGUGAAUAUGAGCAUUGCGAUCCUUCCAAUGUCAACAGAGUUUAAAUGGAAUCCAGCAACUAUGGGCCUAAUUCAGUCAUCUUUUUUCUGGGGUUACCUUCUUACUCAGAUUGUUGGAGGUAUUUGGGCAGAUAAGAUUGGUGGUAAGUUGGUACUGGGCUUCGGGGUCGUAUGGUGGUCAAUUGCAACAGUUCUUACACCUAUUGCUGCUAAAAUUGGACUUCCUUUCUUACUUGUCAUGCGUGCUUUUAUGGGGAUUGGUGAGGGUGUUGCUAUGCCUGCAAUGAAUAACAUACUUUCUAAAUGGAUUCCAGUAUCAGAGAGAAGCAGAUCACUUGCCUUCGUGUACAGUGGGAUGUAUCUAGGUUCUGUCACAGGCUUGGCCUUGUCACCUAUUUUGAUCCACAAUUUCGGUUGGCCUUCUGUGUUUUAUGCAUUUGGAUCCCUUGGAAGCAUCUGGUUUGCUCUGUGGCAAAGCAAAGCCCACAGCUCUCCACAACAAGAUCCAGAGCUUAGUUCGGAGGAAAAGAGGCUUAUCUUAGGGGGUAAUGUGUCGAAGGAACCUGUAUCUUCCAUACCAUGGAGGCUAAUUUUAUCAAAGGCUCCGGUUUGGGCUCUGAUAAUAUCCCAUUUUUGCCAUAAUUGGGGCACCUUUAUCCUUCUAACAUGGAUGCCCACAUACUACAACCAGGUCUUGAAGUUUAAUCUCACAGAAUCUGGGUUGUUCUGUGUCUUGCCAUGGUUAACUAUGGCCGUGUUUGCAAAUGUAGGAGGAUGGAUUGCAGAUACGCUUGUAGGAAAAGGGCUUUCCAUAACCACAGUUCGUAAAAUUAUGCAGUCAAUUGGCUUUCUUGGGCCAGCCUUCUUUCUCACACAGCUGAGUCAUGUCCGUACUCCUGCUUUAGCUGUGUUAUGCAUGGCAUGCAGUCAGGGCAGUGAUGCAUUUUCACAGUCUGGGCUGUAUUCUAAUCAUCAAGACAUUGGUCCACGUUAUGCGGGAGUGCUGCUGGGGUUAUCGAACACAGCAGGGGUGCUUGCAGGAGUAUUUGGUACUGCUGCCACUGGAUACAUCCUUCAACGAGGCUCAUGGGAUGAUGUUUUUAAAGUGUCUGUUGCCUUGUAUAUCAUUGGUACAUUGGUCUGGAACAUAUUUGCAACUGGUGAGAAAGUACUUGACUGAAAAGCAGGCGGCAAAUGCAGUCACUACCAAACUAAAUGUUCUGUUAAGAUACAGAGAUAAGAAAGCAACAUUGUCGUGUUGGAGCAAAAAACGCAGCUAAAUUUGCCAUAUCCUUAGCCAUCUGACAAUGCAGGGUCGACUCACAACAGCCAUAUAAUCAUUCAGAUGACAUGCAAAUUCAAGAGUUGGAAAAAGAAAAAUACAAAAUGUCUAGAAACGUUGUGAGACUCAAUCUUUUUUUCUUAAAGGUUAUUUUGGUUAUUUAAGCAAUCCGUCUUUCUUGAUACGAUAUCAUUCUUCUUUUGUUUUUGGAUGGUCCAUCAUGCAUUUUGGCGGUAAUUUGUAGUCAUGAGAUAUUGAAGCUCAUAUUUUGUAUGUAUUUUUUUUUUUUUGGUUACACAUAUUUUAUAUAUUUACGUGCACAGCACCAAAAGCUUUCGGUUGUGCACAAAAGUUAUAUCA